GACCCCACUCAGUCCCUCUUUGGGUGACCUGUGCCUGCUUCGUGCCUGGUGUGACGUCUCUCAGGAUGCCUGAGCCGGGGAAGAAGCCAGUCUCAGCUUUUAGCAAGAAGCCACGGUCAGUGGAAGUGGCCGCAGGCAGCCCUGCCGUGUUCGAGGCCGAGACAGAGCGGGCAGGAGUGAAGGUGCGCUGGCAGCGUGGAGGCAGUGACAUCAGCGCCAGCAACAAGUACGGCCUGGCCACAGAGGGCACACGGCAUACGCUGACAGUGCGGGAAGUGGGCCCUGCCGACCAGGGAUCCUACGCAGUCAUUGCUGGCUCCUCCAAGGUCAAGUUCGACCUCAAGGUCAUAGAGGCAGAGAAGGCAGAGCCCAUGCUGGCCCCUGCCCCUGCCCCUGCUGAGGCCACUGGAGCCCCUGGAGAAGCCCCGGCCCCAGCCACUGAGCUGGGAGAAAGUGCCCCAAGUCCCAAAGGGUCAAGCUCAGCAGCUCUCAAUGGCCCUACCCCUGGAGCCCCUGAUGACCCCAUUGGCCUCUUCGUGAUGCGGCCACAGGAUGGCGAGGUGACCGUGGGUGGCAGCAUCACCUUCUCAGCCCGUGUGGCCGGUGCCAGCCUCCUGAAGCCGCCUGUGGUCAAGUGGUUCAAGGGCAAAUGGGUGGACCUGAGCAGCAAGGUGGGCCAGCACCUGCAGCUGCACGACAGCUACGACCGCGCCAGCAAGGUCUAUCUGUUCGAGCUGCACAUCACCGACGCCCAGCCUGCCUUCACUGGCGGCUACCGCUGUGAGGUGUCCACCAAGGACAAAUUUGACUGCUCCAACUUCAAUCUCACUGUCCAUGAGGCCAUGGGCACCGGAGACCUGGACCUCCUAUCAGCCUUCCGCCGCACGAGCCUGGCUGGAGGUGGUCGGCGGAUCAGUGCCAGCCACGAGGACACUGGGAUUCUGGACUUCAGCUCACUGCUGAAAAAGAGCAGCAGUUUCCGGACCCCGAGGGACACAAAGCUGGAGGCACCAGCAGAGGAGGACGUGUGGGAGAUCCUACGGCAGGCACCCCCAUCUGAGUACGAGCGCAUCGCCUUCCAGUACGGCGUCACCGACCUGCGCGGCAUGCUGAAGAGGCUCAAGGGCAUGAGGCGCGAUGAGAAGAAGAGCACAGCCUUUCAGAAGAAGCUGGAGCCGGCCUACCAGGUGAGCAAAGGCCACAAGAUCCGGCUGACCGUGGAACUGGCUGACCAUGAUGCUGAGGUCAAAUGGUUCAAGAAUGGCCAGGAGAUCCAGAUGAGCGGCAGCAAGUACAUCUUUGAGUCCAUCGGUGCCAAGCGUACCCUGACCAUCAGUCAGUGCUCACUGGCGGACGACGCAGCCUACCAGUGCAUGGUGGGUGGUGAGAAGUGUAGCACUGAGCUCUUUGUGAAAGAGCCCCCUGUGCUCAUCACGCGCCCCUUGGAGGACCAGCUGGUGAUGGUGGGGCAGCGGGUGGAGUUUGAGUGUGAAGUAUCGGAGGAGGGGGCGCAAGUCAAAUGGCUGAAGGACGGGGUGGAGCUGACCCGGGAGGAGACCUUCAAAUACCGGUUCAAGAAGGACGGGCGGAGACACCACCUGAUCAUCAACGAGGCCACACUGGAGGACGCAGGGCAUUACGCACUGCGCACUAGCGGGGGCCAGGCGCUGGCUGAGCUCAUUGUGCAGGAAAAGAAACUGGAGGUGUACCAGAGCAUCGCAGACCUGACGGUGGGCGCAAAGGACCAGGCGGUGUUCAAAUGCGAGGUCUCAGAUGAGAAUGUGAGGGGUGUGUGGCUGAAGAAUGGGAAGGAGCUGGUGCCCAACAGCCGCAUAAAGGUGUCCCACAUCGGGCGGGUCCACAAACUGACCAUUGACGACGUCACACCUGCCGACGAGGCUGACUACAGCUUUGUGCCCGAGGGCUUCGCCUGCAACCUGUCAGCCAAGCUCCACUUCAUGGAGGUCAAGAUUGACUUCGUACCCAGGCAGGAACCUCCCAAGAUCCACCUGGACUGCCCGGGCCGCAUACCAGACACCAUUGUGGUUGUAGCUGGAAAUAAGCUACGUCUGGACGUCCCUAUCUCUGGGGACCCUGCCCCCACUGUGAUCUGGCAGAAGGCUAUCACGCAGGGGAAUAAGGCCCCAGCCAGGCCAGCCCCAGAUGCCCCAGAGGACACAGGUGACAGCGACGAGUGGGUGUUUGACAAGAAGCUGCUGUGUGAGACCGAGGGCCGGGUCCGUGUGGAGACCACCAAGGACCGCAGCAUCUUCACGGUCGAGGGGGCAGAGAAGGAAGAUGAGGGUGUCUACACGGUCACGGUGAAGAACCCUGUGGGCGAGGACCAGGUCAACCUCACAGUCAAGGUCAUUGAUGUGCCAGACGCACCUGCGGCCCCCAAGAUCAGCAACGUGGGAGAGGACUCCUGCACGGUACAGUGGGAGCCGCCUGCCUACGACGGUGGGCAGCCCAUCCUGGGCUACAUCCUAGAGCGCAAGAAGAAGAAGAGCUACCGGUGGAUGCGGCUGAACUUCGACCUGAUUCAGGAGCUGAGUCAUGAAGCGCGGCGCAUGAUCGAGGGCGUGGUGUACGAGAUGCGCGUCUACGCGGUCAACGCCAUCGGCAUGUCCAGGCCCAGCCCUGCCUCCCAGCCCUUCAUGCCUAUCGGUCCCCCCAGCGAACCCACCCACCUGGCAGUAGAGGACGUCUCUGACACCACGGUCUCCCUCAAGUGGCGGCCCCCAGAGCGCGUGGGAGCAGGAGGCCUGGAUGGCUACAGCGUGGAGUACUGCCCAGAGGGCUGCUCAGAGUGGGUGGCUGCCCUGCAGGGGCUGACAGAGCACACGUCGAUACUGGUGAAGGACCUGCCCACGGGGGCCCGGCUGCUUUUCCGAGUGCGGGCACACAAUAUGGCAGGGCCCGGAGCCCCUGUUACCACCACGGAGCCGGUGACGGUGCAGGAGAUCCUGCAACGGCCACGGCUUCAGCUGCCCAGGCACCUGCGCCAGACCAUUCAGAAGAAGGUCAGGGAGCCUGUGAACCUUCUCAUCCCUUUCCAGGGCAAGCCCCGGCCUCAGGUGACCUGGACCAAAGAGGGGCAGCCCCUGGCAGGCGAGGAGGUGAGCGUCCGCAACAGCCCCACAGACACCAUCCUGUUCAUCCGGGCCGCUCGCCGUGUGCAUUCAGGCACUUACCAGGUGACAGUGCGCAUUGAGAACAUGGAGGACAAGGCCACGCUGGUGCUGCAGGUUGUUGACAAGCCAAGUCCUCCCCAGGAUCUCCGGGUCACUGAUGCCUGGGGUCUUAAUGUGGCUCUGGAGUGGAAGCCACCCCAGGAUGUCGGCAACACAGAGCUCUGGGGGUACACAGUGCAAAAAGCCGACAAGAAGACCAUGGAGUGGUUUACCGUCUUGGAGCAUUACCGCCGCACCCACUGCGUGGUGCCAGAGCUCAUCAUUGGCAAUGGCUACUACUUCCGCGUCUUCAGCCAGAAUAUGGUUGGCUCUAGUGACAGAGCGGCCACCACCAAGGAGCCCAUCUUUAUCCCCAGACCAGGCAUCACCUAUGAGCCACCCAACUAUAAGGCCCUGGACUUCUCCGAGGCCCCAAGCUUCACCCAGCCCCUGGUGAACCGCUCGGUCAUCGCGGGCUACACCACUAUGCUCUGCUGUGCUGUCCGGGGUAGCCCCAAGCCCAAGAUUUCCUGGUUCAAGAAUGGCCUGGACCUGAGAGAAGAUGCCCGCUUCCGCAUGUUCAGCAAGCAGGGAGUGUUGACUCUGGAGAUUAGAAAGCCCUGCCCCUUUGACAGGGGCAUCUAUGUCUGCAGGGCCACCAACUUACAGGGCGAGGCACAGUGUGAGUGCCGCCUGGAGGUGCGAGUGCCUCAGUGACCAGGCUGGCUCCCGGGGAUGGCCAGGUACAACCGGAUGCCAGCCCCGUGCCAGGAGCCCAGAGGGAAGCUGGGGAAACCCCUCCCUGCUGUUGGAUGUGUGUGUGACAAGUGUGUCUCCUGUGCUGCGAUGGGGGAUCAGCAGGGCAGUUAUGUCGAGCAGGCCUGAGCGGGUGUUGCACAGACUGGUCCACAGGGCUCCUGAAGGAAGCCCCUGGAUCUUUGGGGUAAAAGGAGGGUGGCCUCAAGAAACAAUGUCUGGGGACAGGCCUUUCUGGCCUGCUAUGUCUUCCCAAUGUGUACUGGGCAAUAAAAGAUUAGUGCAGUCACAGAGAA